AUGGUUGAAGACUCUAAGGUUAGGGAUGCUUUAAGAUCAGGAGAGAAGAAAGCGCUGCCUGUAUCGCUGGUUCCUCAGGCACCAGCUGUUCUGACAUCAAAGGACAAAGUAACACAGAGAAUGAUCGUGGUACUCUCGAUGGCGUCGCUGGAGACACAUAAGAUUUCCUCGUCAGGGCCUGGUGGUGACAAGUAUGUCCUACUGAAUUGUGACGACCAUCAAAGUCUCUUGAAGAAAAUGGGCAGAGACAUCAGCGAAGCCAGACCAGAUAUCACACACCAGUGUCUGCUAACGCUGUUGGACUCCCCUAUCAACAAAGCGGGUAAAUUGCAAGUAUACAUACAAACUAGUCGCGGGGUCUUGGUUGAAGUGAACCCUACGGUGCGGAUUCCAAGAACUUUCAAAAGAUUCUCUGGUUUGAUGGUCCAGCUUUUACAUAAGCUUUCCAUCAGAUCUGUUAACUCGGAAGAAAAACUUCUAAGAGUUAUCAAGAAUCCAAUUACUGACCAUCUCCCUACCAAAUGUCGUAAAGUAACUUUAUCUUUUGACGCGCCAGUGGUGCGUGCACAAGAUCACAUCGAAAAGCUGGCUGACGACGAAAGUAUAUGUAUUUUUGUCGGUGCCAUGGCCAGAGGUAAAGAUAAUUUCGCAGACGAGUUUGUCGACGAGAAAAUUGGUCUCUCCAACUACCCCCUCUCCGCAUCUGUUGCUUGUUCCAAGUUCUGCCACGGUGCUGAAGAUGCUUGGGGUAUCAUGUAA